GCACCCGUGGGUAGGCCUUCGCCGCCGCGGCACCUUUAUUCGUACUACGCUCAAGCACGCCUGACAGCCUUGUUUUCCAAUUUUGCAAUGGAUUUACCGCUGCCUUUCGGCAGCUCCUCCGUGAGAGGUGUGAAGAAGAAGAACAAGCGCAGAUACUGCUGCGUUAAGGAUUGCCACAACUGUGAAGGUGAUGACGGCAUCAAAUUUUACCGCUUCCCUUCAAGACCGUGGGAAGCGAACAGGCGGCUGAAGUGGAUCGUCGCGGUUCGGCGCGUCAACGGUGAUGACCUCUCACAUUGGAGCCCGAAUAACAAUACGAGAAUUUGUUCGAGGCACUUCGUCAACGAAGAAAAAAGCAACAUCGAGAAUCAUCCGGGUUACCUGCCAACAAUAUUCCCACCCGUCUACAAGAAGCGGUCCACGGUUCCUGCUGCACAGAUUUCCAGGUUCAGCAGGUGGAUGCACAGAUCUGCGGCUUCAGCUACUGCAGCGCCUUGUGCGGCAGAAGUAGCAGAAUUUGAUGCUGAAGACGCCAGCAGCAGUGCCAUCUCUGUAGCAGCCGAGGUGACUGGCGAUUCUAUAGAUGCAGCAGCAUGGGACGGCCUGAACGUGUUGUGUGCUGCUGCUGAGGUCCACGUAGCAGCCAGAUCAGUGGAAACUCAAACAUCGGAGACGAGCAGCGUGACCACAAGAUUUUCAGUGUUUAUUUGCUGCACUGAAGGCAACAACCUGUCAACGCAGAUAACCCACCACGAGACACGCGACUGUGAAGUGCAACACAUUCCGAACGUUGCCAGCAAGCACAGUGGUCCAGACCAUCGGACAAGCUAUUUUGCUGGCCACGAAAGUGUUUCAAGGAGUACAAGUGCUCUUGAAGACUUAUGUAAUGUAAGUCAGGUGGUGUUCGCCGUGCUCUUGAGCGUGUUUCCGGUCUCGACUGAGAGCAGAUGUGACGUAUCUAAAGAAGACCGACUGCUGCUGUUCCUGAUGAAAUUGAGACUUGGCAUCAGCUAUUCAUCCCUGGCUACCCUGUUCAGCAUUAGUGUAACAUCAGCCUGACGGCAUUUCAAAAGUGUCCUCAAAACCUUGGCAUUUCCUAGAAAGCAAUGGAUUUUUCGUCCUCCGCUCAGAGUUAGUCAGGCUACCAUGCCAGACUGUUUUAGGGCACAUUAUCCGGACUGCACAAUGAUAAUUUACUGCACAGAAAUUCGCACUGGGCAGCCACCAACUGUACAGCAGCAGAGGACUCUAUACUCCCAGUACAAAGGCGGGUAUACUUUGAAAUUUCUUGUUGCGGUUACACCUGGCGGGAUGAUAUGUUUCCACUCAGAUGCGUAUGGGGGAAGGAUGUCCGACACACACAUUACUGUCGAUUCUCGCAGUGAUGAUACUGCUGCGCCAAUUGCGCCGAACUGCGCCGAAACGUGAACACUGCUACAUCCUGCUACAUUUCCGCAAAAUAUGGUAAAUCUGCGCCCACCCUGCGCCGAAGGCUGUACUCCGGUCCAGAAACGAAACUAAUUAAUCGAGUGCCGCUUAUGUCACCAUCGACAGCGGCAUCGCUUGAGCUACCGUACUCGCGGCGCGCGCGGCAAUCCGAGCCAAACCAAGCCUGAUGGUGUUGCUGCUGUCAACUGCUGCUGUUGCUGCUAUGGUCUUUGCGGCAUGCGGUCGUGCGGUCGCCCUGAGUAGGAUGUGCUAGCCCUCACCGUCGGCCGUCAACUACGCUAUGGCGCUUGCAAAGCUGAAAGGUUGGUGCAUCUAUCAUGCAUUUUGUAUUGCUUAAGUUUGCAGAGGCAUAGCCAGCACGUUGUCUGCUGCUGUUCUAUAUGUCAAAAAAUAUGUGCCAACAGCGUAGGCAACAAAGCGGCAAACAUGGCGGUCUGCUGUUCAGGAGCGAUUGGCGUUCACCGCACGCGCUUCUUCUGCCUCGGCUGAACCACGUUGGCGCGAUUUCAGGCGUGAUGACGGCUGCGCGACGGGGACUAGCGAUAAGUUUGGGUCGCGUGUGGGGAGGCGCGCGCUCGUUAAAAAAAAAAGCGGCUUGUCUGCCGAAAGCUCCUCAGGUUCAAUAUUUCACGGACGGAGGGAAGGU